GCAUCAAACAAUCAGGAACGUACUACUAUGAUUGAGUCUCUUCAAACACGUCACAAACCCCAACUCGGUGGACAUGAUUCCGAAAUUAAAGGCCUUCUGCUGGAUCAGCUACUAGCAAUGGCUUCGCCUCUGAAUGAGAGAAGAGAACCAGAAUGGAAGCAAGCAUGGAUAGGGAACACUUUGCUCUCUGUUCCUCCUCUGCCACUGCUAGCCAUAGUUGGCAUAGUGGUGUUCUUGCUGUGGAUAUCAACACAGUUGAACAACAACUACUUAGUCAUGCAGAUAGCCACCACCAACUUCAACUUCUUCCUCUUGUUUUUACCUCUUGUGUUGACCCUCGUUGCCCAAGGAACACGCCUCCUGCCUCCUGCACCAAGUGUGAUGAGGCCUUCGCAUGAUGGAGAUGUGGAGUCAGAGUCAUCAUCAUCAUCAAUGCCAUGGGGAUGGGUUAUCUCUGUUCUCAUGCUGUUGCUUUUGAUAUCCUACCGACUUCACCCUAUCUUGGUUGUUGGAAUAGUGUUUUUCUAUGUGUAUUUCUUGUCAGCAUAAGGCGGUUUUUCUGGCUACUUUAUAGGGUGGGGUUUUAGUAUGCAUGCACAUGUUUGCCAACCCAUGUUGUUUCAUUACAUCUUCUGUUUGUCUCCUUUUUAUGUGUGUAUGCCGGAUAUGUUUUUUAAUCCUCUUAGAUUACAUAAAUAAUGAAAUGGAUUGUAUAUUAUUCAA